GCUGGGAGUAGUUUGUGGGAUUCUGUGCAUAAACUGAGAAAUUUAGCCAAUGGUGUGCUAAGCAUAAUCUCUGUGAACGCGCCCUGUAUCUCCUGGUCUCUCGACGCAGUGUGCAACGCGAGUCAACGUAAAAGGAUGUCCAGCGGAGUCCCGCCCCGGUCGUGCGACUGUUUCGUGGCUCUCCCGCCCGGAUCCGAUGGGCAGCGCGUCAUUUUUGGGAAGAACUCAGACCGGCCGCGGGACGAAGUGCAGGAGGUGGUCUAUUACCCCGCAGCCGCCCACGAGCCUGGGGCAAAGGUGGAGUGCACCUACAUUGCUAUCGAUCAAGUGGAGAGCACCCUUGCAGUGAUCCUGAGCAGGCCUGCCUGGCUGUGGGGAGCCGAGAUGGGGGCAAACGAGCACGGAGUCUGCAUCGGAAACGAGGCUGUGUGGACCAAGGUCCCCGUGGAGGAGGGGGAAGCCCUGCUGGGCAUGGACCUGGUCAGGCUGGGUCUGGAGCGCGGCUGCACUGCGAAGGAGGCGCUGGACGUGAUCACGGGCCUCGUGGAGCGCUACGGACAGGGGGGGAACUGCCGGGAGGAAGCCACGCCCUUCAGCUACCACAACACCUUCCUGCUGGCAGACCGGUCAGAGGCCUGGGUGCUGGAGACAGCCGGGAGAGUGUGGGCAGCGCAGAGAGUGGCCGCCGGAGUGAAGAACAUCUCGAACCAGCUGACGAUCGGGUCGGAGAUCUCCGCGGAGCACCCCGAGCUGCGGAGCCUGGCACAGGCCGAGGGCUGGUGGAGCGGGGAGGGAGGGUUCUGCUUCUCCGAGGUGUACGCCCCUGUGAACCCCCCCGCCAGGAUGGAGGCAGCCAAACAACGCUACUGUGGGGGAAAGGAACUACUCAGCAAACAUGAUGGUUCUGUGAGUCUGGGGACCAUGCUGGAGAUCCUGCGGGAUAAAGCCAGUGGGAUCUGCAUGGAUUCUGGUGGAUUUCGUACCACGGGCAGCAUGGCCUCCAUCCUGCCCCGGGACCCCACCCUGCCCUGUGUGCACUUCUUCACAGCGACCCCCGACCCCUCCCGGUCCGUGUUUAAGCCCUUUCUUUUCGUGGAUCAGAUGACCUCCGCGCCCCAGGUGGUCUCCCCGAGGUUCGGAGCCGAUGAUCCUGUGAAGAAGCUGCCGCGGUUCCAGAGCACUGUGGACCGCCGCCACGAGCUGUACCGCGCCCACCAGAAAGCUCUAGAAACGGCGGAGAGCGAGCCGGGGCGGGGCUUGGAGCUCCACCAGACCAUGCGGGACCUGGAGCAGCAGGGCAUUGAUGACAUCGCAGAGAUGCUGAAAGGGGGUGUGUCCGUGGAUGCAGAGGAAGUGGCGGAUUUGUUCUUCGACUGCGUGGACACAGAGAUCAAGUUUUACCAGACACUCUAGAACCAGUAGCUGAACCUCACACCUUGUGUCUGGAAAUCUGUCAGCAGAUCUUUUUCACAAUUUCCGUUUUACUUCAGUGUUACAAACCAUUCAGUUCUGCUAGGACAAUUAGCAAUAAUAAUAAUAACAAUAAUAAUAAUAAUGUUUCUUUUUUUAGGAUUUAUAUUUACUGUAGAUCCAGCUCAAGCAAAGGGAUUUCAGCUGCCUUCCUCCUUCCAACCCCUGGCUAAUUGACAAUAGUGUAGCAUACUGCAGUGCACUCAGUCUCCCUCUCCUUACUGCUGCAACUCUACUAAUGUCAGUCAGGUGCAUGAACAAAAGCAGUUGAACUCUUGAAACCCAGCCAAACACUGCUGAAGGCAUUAGGCAGAACGUUAGCCUGCUGUACUUGACUUGGGGUCGUAUUCAUAAAGCAUUAGCCCUGGGCAUGUUUGCUGCUGUGCUGCUGCCUUACAAAUAUUUUCAAAGCGUUUUUAGUUUAAUUUAAUUUAUUUAAAAAAAUUUUAAAGGAGAAAAUUACAUCAGCGAAACGAGCAACGAACAGCUUGAUAACUUUGAGAGUUUAUUAAGAGAUCUUGGAUCUUGUUUAGAAAAAUAAUUGGAGGAAAGGAUUUUGAAAAUGCCCCCCCCCCCUUCCUCGAUGGCUGUAUUCGUAAAGCAGCAGCAUGCCAGUGUACAUAGAGGACUUGUAUAUAGACCUCCAAUUUUGAUCAGUUAUUGUUCAGGCCAAAGCCAAUCAAAUGGCAAGAACAGAAGAGGGAGCAAUCUCAUUGGCUAAUGAGCAUUCCAACCUGUGUAGAUAUGUCCCCAUACCAGCACAGCUCGGAACUUUCAGAAGCACUCUGCCUGAUUGACCGGACAGCCCAUUGCCUUUGGGAGGGGAGGGGUGUAGUGCCAGUUUAUAAGACUAAUCACGCACUCCAGGGUGGAUAACUGCACUUGGCUUUGCCCCUAGGCGUGCCAAUAUUGGAUUGGAUAUAUAUAUAUAUUAGCACCAGUGCUAAUAGUAGGGUUACCAUAUGACUAAAAUGUUCUUUUGGGCAUUUCUAGCUUUUUAACUCAAACCCCAAUGCAUUCUGGUAAGUGUAGUCCUGCUUCUCUUAACCCCUUAGGGUACACAUAGAAUGGAGUGGUGGUUCAAACUGUGUUAAACUACGUUUGAGAGGGGUACGAGAAUCGCGAGGAGCCCAGCAUUUUUUUGCUGUAUAGAUUCAUCUGUUGCACCAAAUACAAACAAAAAUGUGAACUUGAAUCAAGCGCACUAAAUUGAAGGUGUGUAGUCGGUAGCUUGUGAAGUAAUUUAUUGUCGAACCAGCUGUAGUUGUGUUGUUAAUUUAUUGUUCUAUUGAUGUGGCCAACAGUAAAUAGGUUCAUGAAUAAAGUAAUGUAAUGACUAUGCAAAAAAAAA